AUGUCUUCAGUGUUGGAAAAGACCUCCUUGAAGAUUGAGUGUGAGGCCACAAUGUCAAAGGGAGAAGCCAAAAGCCCUACUCGCAGAAAAACCUUGUCUAGAAUAACGAAGGAGCAGUGGCUUUUCGCUUCAGCUUCAAAAGAAAGGUAUCUGAGAGACAAAUUUGCUGCUGCUGCUGAUGAUGAUGGAGUAGGAUGUUUUGCCUACCCAUCCACAGGCGCAGAUUUUGGACUGUUGAGACAGCUAUGGGUAUUCAAGAGUUACCUGACAAGAAACAAAGGACUUUUAGUUAAAGACAAGUAG